CCAAUUGAUACAUCUGCAAGUUUAACCGUGAAAUUUUAUCGAAAGAUGUUUUUGAAGACAAAAUUAAGUAUGUUUAUGGUUUUGAAAGUUUUUAAAGAAAUGGAUGAAAUUGAAAAAAAGUUGAGAGUCCAUUAUUAAAUAGGUUACUAAGCCAAAAUAAUUGAAAAACAUGUCAAGAAAAACAAUUGAAAUAAAAAAAAAAAAAACAUAAAAAGCCCCAAAAAAGGCCUUCUUCCUUUAUCAUCUUCUUCUUCGUGUAAAAACCCAAAUCCAAGCCCAUUACAAUCAGAGAGACAGGUCUCGUUUCUCGUUCGCAUAGUCCUCUUCGAAAAACCAAAACGGAAAAAAAAAGGAAAAAGAAAAAAACAGAGCGAAGAUACAAAUUUCUCAAAGAAUUUAAAAAAAAAAAAAACAGAAAGGACCUUUUUAGAUAGAGAGAAAGAAUUACAGAAACUCCAAUUUCACGUUCUCAUGGCAGACAUUUUCAGCGACGUGUUUAAUUCUAGGGCAAAAAAUUUCCCUUCUUUUGAUUGAGCUAUAUUUAUUGGUCCACAAUCACAACUUCCAAAACCCUAGGAGAGAGAAAGUGCUUUUGACACUUCAAUUAAUUGUUUCAUUGCAGUGCCCUAGCCUCUCAAUUUUGUAAUUCAGGUUUCUGAACCAAUGGGAAGGGGAAGGUUGUAGCUAUUGAGAUAGGAAUGCAUGGAUGUGGUUUAGGAUCUGCUCUCCUAGUAAAUGCUGAGGUUGAUUCCAUGGGAGGGGUUGUUGAUGGUGGAGUUGGAAUCGGCAUCAAAACCUCUCCACGUCGAGCAGCAAUUGAGAGAGCUCAGGCAGAGCUCAGACAAGAGUAUGAUGUUCGCGAGGAAAGGAGAAGAGAGCUAGAAUUUCUUGAGAAAGGUGGCAAUCCGUUAGACUUUAAGUUUGGGAAUGCAGCUUCAGUUAGUGUUCAGUCUACUUCUCUCACUGAUCAUCAAACAGAACAUUUUGUGACUAGUGAAGCGAAAGGUAGUUUUGCAUUGACUGCAUCUCCUCAUGGUGACUCUGUGGAAAGUAGUGGUAGACCAGGAGCACCAACAGUUUGUGAACCCAAUAGUGCUGAUAAUUUUGAUGCUGAAAAUGAGAUUCUUCAAAGCGAAAGGAAUCCUAAACAUCCUAGUAGGAGUAAUAUUGCUUCAUCUGAACAGUCUUCUCAGAUGGAUGGGAAUCAAAAUGCAAAGGAAUCAGAAGAUUCUGCUAUUGUUCGCCCAUAUGCUCGACGGAACAGGUCUAGACCGAAUCGUGAUGGUGCUCGAUCAAGCUCAACUGAUGUAGUGCAGAGUUCUGGUGGUCAUGGAUCUCUAUUACAGGUUCAUGCGGGCUUAAGGGAUGCUAAGGGACCGAUAUCUGAAACAAACCAUCAGAAGGACCGGAUGAUUCCUUCUAGUUUGUACCCUAAGUCCACCACUUCAAAUGGGGAUAUGGUUUCUCAGAUUGAGAUUAAAAAUACCCAGUCAAACAUGGAACUGGAUGGUGCUCAAGCUCCGGAAGCAAUAGCCAGUCCACCUAAACCUAGUCCCCUUGAAAAUAGGUCGGAUGUCAUGGAGGCUAACAUUUCAAGGGAUGACCAACAUGAUAAAAAUAAUUUGUCUAAAGUUCAUGAUCAGAAAGCACCCAUUAACAUGGCUUCUGGGCACUCUGACCACGUUGGAGAUAAAGAACAGGUAAUUUCAGCUGCUUCUGAAUCUCCAUUGGGUGCAACUGUGGCAAAAGCUGAGAAUGAAAAUUGUUCUGCUAAGUUAAAUGGCAUCAAUGAAUUGAAAAGAGAUGCCAAUGAAGGCCAAAAUAGCAACGGUCCAAUAGGAGCAAAAGGAUUAGAUUCAGAAUCCUCUUGUACCCAAAACAACCUGUGCUUAGAUGCAAGCAAUGAGAGUGAUUUGUAUAUUAAUGCAAGAAAUGAUGAUGCUAAUGGAACUCUUACGGAACGAACAUCAGAAUUUGAAGGAAUGCAAAAUCCAGGGGCUGGUGAAAUGGGAAAUGAAAAGAGUGAUGUCAAGGUUACAGACAACAGUGAUGUUGUGAAAGAAGGUGAUUCUUUUCUGCAUACAAACCAGUCUGCCAAUGAUUCUGUUCUCAAACUCGAGGAAGAAAUACAGAGAAGUUCUGAUGAGUUUAAAUGUUCUUCAAACUUUAAAGGAGUGGAGCAGAAUGAACAUGCUGUGCCCGAGGGUGAUAAAAAACUGUGUAAUGCAUUUAGUGAUGAUUCUAGUUUCAAUAAAGAAAUUGUCUGCCCUAGUGGUAAUAAAGAAUUACCUGAAUCGACAUUGUCUGAGAAAAACUCUUCUGCUGCUCCUGACCCUCAAUCUUGUUCUAGUGGCCAUUUGAUAUCUGCUGAGAAGGCUCAUGAAGAUUCUAUCUUGGAAGAGGCACAAAGUAUAGAGGCUAAACGCAAGAGGAUUGCAGAGUUACCUAUCGGAAUUGUACCCUUGGAAAGUCGCCGAAAGUCUCACUGGGAUUUUGUGCUUGAAGAGAUGAUGUGGCUGGCAAAUGAUUUUGCACAGGAGCGUCUUUGGAAAAUGACCGCUGCUGCUCAAAUAUGUCGCCGGGUUGCUUUUAGCUCUCGGUUGAGAGUUGAAGAACAGCACCAACAUGGGAAGCUUAGAAAAGUUGCAUACACUCUGGCAAAGGCUGUCAUGCAGUUCUGGCAUUCAGCUGAGAUGUUUCUAAAUAAGGAUGACCGUGUUGGUUUGAAAAACGGCAAGGAUGAUUCGAAUAGCUUUGAUGGGAAUGAAUUAUCCAAGGACAAGUUUGGAGAACUUGAUAAGGAGGAGACAUGCAAAGAACUAGAAACCCAUAAUGCUGGAAAGAACCUUGCACGCCUGAUCCAGGGGUAUGCUGUGAGAUUCUUAAAAUGCAACAAUUCUGCAGUUCCUUCCCUUCAAGCAGAAGCACCAGCAACUCCUGAUAGAAUAGCCGAUUCAGGCAUUGUUGGAACUUCAUGGGAAGAUCACCUUACAGAAGAAAGCCUAUUUUAUGCAGUUCCUUCAGGUGCAAUGGAAACCUACAGAAUCUCUAUUGAAUCUCAUAUGGUACAGUGUGAGAGGACUGGGAGUAGCAUACAAGAGGAAGUCGAUACAUCUAUGUAUGAUACUACUGCAGAUUUUGGAUAUCGUGAGAAUGCAUAUGAUGAGGAGGAUGGAGAAACAAACCCUUACUAUCUGCAUGGAGGUUUUGAGGGUACCAAGUCAACAAAACAUGAGCAGAAGAAAAGGAGAAACUUAAAAUAUUCUGCUGAUUUUUCUUACAGACCCUACUCUGCUGGGUCCCAACAGAAUGCAUUGAUUGGAAAAAGGCCUUCCAGUAGUCUUCAUGUGGGUUCAAUUCCAACAAAACGUGUCCGCACGACUCCUAGGCCGAGGUUCAUAAGUCCUUUUUCUGCUGGAGCUACUGGGUGUCUGCAGAUUCCAGCAAAGACAGAUGCUUCAAGUGGAGAUACUAGUUCUUUUCAGGAUGAGCAGAGUACUUUGCAUGGUGGAUCCCAUUUCCAGAAGAGUGUGGAGGUUGAGUCAGCUGUUGAGCAGUUACCAUAUGACUGUGCAGAGACAUCAACAAAGCCAAAAAAGAAGAAGAAAGCUAAGCAUUUGGGUCCUGCAUACGAGGGUUGGCAGCUUGAUUCUACUGUUCAUAAUGAACAGAAGGAUCAUGCAAAAAAGAGAUUGGAGAGUCAUCAUUUUGACUCUAAUGGAACUAGUGGUUUAUAUGGUCAACAUACUGCCAAAAAACCAAAGAUAAUGAAACAAUCACUAGACGGUACCUAUGAUAAUAUGGCUCAAAUUAGUGAGUCCCAACCUUCUCCUGUGGCUUCCCAAAUGAGUAAUAUGCCUAGCAAAGUCAUGAAAUUGAUUGUUGGCCGGGAUAGGGGCAGAAAACCCAAAGCGCUAAAGGUGCCUGCAGGCCAGCCAGGUGGUCCUGGAAAUCCAUGGUCGCUUUUUGAAGAUCAGGCACUUGUUGUCCUUGUACAUGAUAUGGGUCCUAAUUGGGAGCUUGUAAGUGAUGCCAUUAACAGCACCCUUCAGUUUAAGUGCAUAUUUCGCAAGCCUAAAGAAUGCAAAGAACGGCAUAAAAUGUUAAUCGAUAAGAGUGGUGGUGAUGGAUAUGAUAGUGCUGAUGAUUCAAGGACAUCUCAAUCUUAUCCAUCAACUUUGCCUGGUAUCCCGAAGGGCAGUGCCAGGCAAUUAUUUCAACAUUUGCAGGGGCCAAUGGAAGAGGAUACUAUCAAGUCACACUUUGAGAAGAUUAUCAUGAUUGGAAGGAAGUAUCAUUACAGAAGGAGUCAGAAUGAUAAUCAGGAUCCUAAACAAAUUGUAGCAGUCCACAAUUCUCACGUUGCUGCUCUUGACCAAGUAUCCACAAACCAAAAUGGAGGUGUCUUAACGCCUCUCGAUCUCUGUGAUGCAACUGCAGCAAGUCCAGAUGUUAUUCCCAUUGGGCAUCAAAAUUCUCAUCCUAGCGGUUUACCCAUGGCAAAUCAAGGUGCUGUAGGAUCACUACUUCCUACUUCUGGGGUAAAUUCCUCUCUGCAAGCAUCUUCAGGCGUGGUCCUUGGCAAUAACUCGUCACAAACUGGCCCACUUAAUGCUUCUAUCAGGGAUGGUAGAUACAGUGUUCCAAGAACAUCUUUACCAGUCGAUGAGCAGCAGAGGAUGCAGCAUUAUAAUCAAAUGUUAUCCAACAGAAAUUUGCAGCAGCCUAACUUGUCUGCUUCUGGGUCUCUUUCUGGAGCUGACCGUGGUGUCCGCAUGCUUCCUGGUGGAAAUCCUUUGGGCAUGAUGCCUGGGAUGAACAGAAGCAUGCCACUGUCAAGGCCAGGAUUUCAAGGAAUGGCCUCAUCAUCAAUGCUGAAUUCUGGAAGUAUGCUUUCAUCUGGUAUGGUUGGGAUGCCAAGCCCUGCAAGUAUGCAAUCUGGAAGUGGUCCUGGUCAAGGGAAUUCAAUGAUGAGAUCUCGAGAUGGUUUGCAUAUGAUGCGAGCUGGCCAUAACUCUGAGCAUCAAAGACAAAUGAUGGCACCCGAGCUUCAGAUGCAGGUCACACAAACAAACAGCCAAGGAAUUCCUGCUUUUAAUGGGUUGACUUCUGCUUUUGCUAAUCAGACGUCUCCCCCAGCUGUGCAGGCGUAUCCUGGUCAUCCCCAACAGCAGCAUCAAUUGCCUCCUCAACAAUCCCAUGUGAUGAGCAAUCCUCAUAUUCAGGGUACCAAUCAAACUACAGGGUCACAGCAGCAAGCAUAUGCAAUGCGUGUCGCUAAAGAAAGGCAUAUGCAGCAGCGGCUUCUGCAGCAGCAGCAACAGCAACAAUUUGCUGCAUCUGGUGCCUUGAUGUCACAUGUCCAAUCUCAGCCCCAACACUCCAUACCGUCGUCUAUGCAAAAUAGUUCCCAGAUUCAACCACAAACUUCAUCACAGCCAGUGUCACUUCCCCCUUUGACGCCAUCUUCACCUAUGACUCCCAUAUCAGUGCAGCAGCAGCAGCAGAAACAUGCCUUGCCACAUCAUGGGAUCAGCCGGAACUCCCAAACUGUUGCCAGUGGGUUGACCAAUCAGAUGGGAAAACAAAGACCAAGACAACUACAGCAGCAUCAGCAGUUUCAACAAUCUGGCCGGAUCCAUCCUCCGCAGAGGCAACACUCAGAGUCUCCCCAGCAAGCUAAACUUUUGAAGGGAAUGGGAAGAGGGAAUAUGAUGGUGCAUCAGAACCUUUCUACUGAUCAUUCUCCUUUGAACGGCCUUUCUGUACCUCCAGGAAACCAAAGUGCAGAGAAGGGAGAGCAUAUCAUGCACUUGAUGCAAGGUCAAGGCUUAUAUUCUGGUUCUGGUUUGAAUUCAAUACAACCGUCUAAACCAUUGGUUACUUCUCAAUCCCCAAACCAUUCUCAGUCGCAGCAAAAGCUCUUUUCUGCUGCACCACCACCUUCAUCAAAGCAAUUGCAGCAGAUAUCUUCUCAUGCUGAUCAUAGCACUCAAGGCCAGGUACCAUCAGUACCCUCUGGUCAUCCACUAUCUGCUAGUCAUCAAGCUCUUCCAGCAGCAAUUAUGGCUUCCAACCAUCAGCAUCUGCAACCGCAACCACAAAUACACCAAAAGCAGACUGGUCAGGCUCAACCAACGGUACAGAGAAUGCUUCAACAAAAUCGUCAGUUGAAUUCUGAUUUGCAAACCAAGUCACAAACUGAUCAGGGUCAUAAAGAAAAGCAGCCUUUGAACAGUGUUCCGCAGAUGGGUACAAGUACAACCACAUCAGUGUCUCAGGCCUGUAAUGAUUCAGCUAAUGUGGUACCAGUUGUUACUUCUUCUGUUGCUUCACAAUGGAAACCAUUAGAACCUUCUUGUGAUUCUGCAAUGACAAAUUCAGCUUCUCAAGUGGGUUCUAUUGGGAGCCCCCCUCUUACAAAUUCAGCUGGAAGUGAGCCAGUGUCAUCAGUAAACCAAGCUUUAGGCCAGAGGCAGUUAUCAGGAGGCUUGACCCAACAUGGGAGUUCUGGAGCACAGUGGCAGCAGCCGCCACCGUCACAAUUAGCGCCACCACCUCCACAACCUGUUUCUCAACAACUGUUCCAGCCCCAUGAGCAGCAAGUACAAGAACAGCAGUCACCUCGAAAACUGCCACCGCAACAGCACUCUCAGCAGCAUAAGCAGCAUCUUCAAUCAGCACAAGGAAGUUUGUAUAUAAGGCCCACCAAUUCCCAGACAGAAUGAAGCAACCUAAUGGAUUGAGCAGUUCCAGAAGCACUCGCUGCUGCUAGGGCUUGGGUUUGCAUGCCCUUGUACCACAAUGUACAGAUUAGGCUGAUUGCUCCACAACGGCAUAUGAAAUUUGGAGGCAAUGAAUUGUUAUUUUGCAGGUUCGGUUAAAAAUUUAUCCAAAGAGAUGUCUAUGGGCCAAUCUCUUUUCCUUUUCUCUCUUCCCUUUCUAAUUUUAUCCAAAUUUGGGGGAAUCAUGUAUAUUACCACUUGUCUAGGGCUUUUGGGAGAUGGAGACAAAUAUAGGUAUUUGUACAGGUUCUCGUCUCUCCAUUUCUUGUGCUUUCCCCACUUCUCGCAUGGUUUCCCUGCUCAUGUGCAGAGGGCCUGUUUCCUUUUUGCGCCGCAGUAGGUCAGUGCAUGUAUUUGUUACGCUACCAAAUGAUAUUAGUAGCAACCAUUGUUGUGGGCAAAACGCCUUCAAAAAUUUUGUGAAUACAAGGUCUCUGGUACACAGUAGUCCAUAUUGGUGUGAUGAUCUAUCACUGCCAUGGGCAUCCAUCGAAUUCUGACUUGUAUUGGUACCUGAAAUUUGCAUAGUGCAGCAAGCCUUAGCUGACCCA